GUGGUUUGGGCGUGUCGUUAUUUUUCGUUGGAUUGCAUUUUGCAAAACAAAUAUUCUGAUGGACAAUUUUGUGCGAUGCUCUACACAAUCUUUGGAAGUUCAGAAAGGUUUAUGAAGCCACGGGCGGAAGAAGGAAGUGGAGAUAGUUAGUUUGCUGCCGCUAAGAAAAAGACAGUAAACAGUCCAUAACUGGAUUAGUACGGUGAGUGUCCAGUACGGGGUGGACGAGCAGAAGACCGUGAGAUGUUUGGCAGGAAAAACAAGCGACCCGCAGCCCCGAAAGGGCAAGGCGCAGCUGCAGCCAAACAGAUGGGGUUGUUGCUUGAUUUUAAGCCAGAUGAUAUGAUGGACAUGGACCAGGAUCUGAAUGAUCCAGCUUUAGAAGCUGAAUAUGCUGCUAUUGUUGGGAAGAAACCAGCUGUACCUGCCAGGGGCAAAAAGGCCGGUAAAGCCCCUUUACCAAUGGAGGAUAUUGAAAAAAUGGCAGAGGCGUGCAUGAAAGACAUUGACGAUGAUGACGAUGAAAAUCUGGAAGAUGAUGAAGAUCUCCUGGCUGAGCUACAGGAAGUGGUUGAUGAGGAUGAAAUGGAAGACUCGGGUGCUGCAACCCCGACCUCUCAUGUAAGUGCAGACGUUCCUUCAGCAGAGCUGACACCAGUGAAGCAGGAAACUAAGAUCAUAUCGAUGCCAGGAAGCAUUGAACACACCUUAGAGGAGAGAAGCAACAUGUAUAGAACAGCUGUGAUGAAUGCCAAAGCCUCAGGAGAAUCUUCGAAAGCUCGGAGAUAUGAGAGAGGCCUUAAUACACUACAAACUAUGCUGGCAACUGUACACAAAGGUGGGAAGAUUGAUGAAACAGAGAUUCCCCCUGCAGUUGCAUGUGGAGCCCCCUCUGUUCCCAGUCAGCCACAUGCCUCACCUGCAGUAUCACCUGAUCAGCAUGAGUCUGACAGUGCUGUUGACAUGUCCCCUGUCUCUGUGGAGACUGCUCCUGUUGUCAUGGAUCCAGCACCGAACACAAGAGAGGAGUCCUCUGGUAUAGCCUCACCAGCUUCCCUGUCAUCUCCAGAUGAGGAACGUACAGGAAGUGCUGUAGAAACACUCUCAAACCCUCGAGUUGAACAGCCCACUAAAGAUAUUCUGCUGGAGAGACAGAGAGACUACAGGAUGGCAGCUCUUAAGGCCAAACAAGCAGGAGAUAUUGAGAAAGCCAAAAUGCACUUAAAUUCCAGUAAGGGAUUCGAUGCUGGACUUGAGGCUUUGGAGAAAGGCCAGUCGGUGGACAUGAGCUCCCUCCCGCCACCUCUGUCUCAAGCCUCCACAGUUACUCAGGCUGAACCUCAGGCAUUUGUUAAAGUCUCGUCUGCUGCUCCUGAAGGUCAAGCUGACAGUGUUUCUGGUCCAGCUCAGCCCAAGACUGUCCUUGAAGCUCUUGAACAGAGGAUGGCAAAGUAUAAAGAAGCCUUCACACAAUCUAAAGCCAGCGGAGAUGAUCGCAAGGCCCGCAUGCAUGACCGCAUUGCUAAGCAAUACCAGACUGCCAUCCGCGCUCAUAAAGCAGGUCGAACAGUCGAUUACGAUGAACUUCCAGUCCCACCAGGUUUUCCUCCAAUCCCAGGCCAGAAGGCUCCUUCACCUGAGCAGGGAUUGGCUGCUGUGCUGGAAACAGCCAAUAAACUGACAUCAAAUGCAGCUGAAGCUGGUGAUGAGGAUGAAGAUGGAGAGGGGGAGGAGAAGAUUAAGACUGCAAAAGUAGACAACCAAAUAAAACCCACACUUGCAGUACAGCUGACGAUACAGGAGCCAAAAAAGACCCCUUCCCCAGACAGGACGUCCAAAAGAGGGAGUCUGACUGACACUGCUCAGCAGCAGCUGGAAUUUCUGGAAGGCCGCAAAAAGCAGUACAUGAAGGCAGCACUGCAGUCAAAACAGAAGAAAGACCUGGAACAGGCCAAGACUCUCCUGCGCACAGCCAAGGGUCUGGAGCCUUUGAUAGAAGCAGCGAGGAGCGGCAAGACGGUAGACAUAAGCAAAGUCCCUUCACCGCCCGGAGAUGAAGAUGAGGACUUUAUCUUAGUCCAUCACUGUGAUGUUCAGAUAUCUGAGAAGGCUGAGCAGGUCUACACUCAGCUUACCAAACUACUCAAAGAGCAACACGAGUUUCGCUUACAGAAAUGCAUGACGUAUUCCAAACAAUUUACACACAUGGGGAAUGUUGCAGAGACAACCAAGUUUGAGAAGAUGGGAGAGCAAUGUAAGAAGAGCCUGGAGAUCCUUAAUCUGGCUCAGAAUAGGGGGCUCGAACCUCCUAAACAUCACUUUGAGGAGAGAACGUACAGCACCGUCAGGAUAUUUCCAGACCUCAGUAGUACAGACAUGGUUGUGAUGAUUGUAAGGGGAAUGAACCUUCCUGCUCCCUCUGGUGUUGCAUCCAAUGACUUAGACGCAUAUGUCAAGUUUGAAUUUCCUUACCCCAGUACAGAUCAACCUCAGAAACAUAAAACAUCAGUCAUCAAAAAUACCAACAACCCAGAGUUUAACCAAAGCUUCAAGAUGAACAUCAACCGUAACCACCGUGGCUUCAGGAGGGUGAUGCAGUCUAAAGGCCUGAAGCUGGAAGUGCUGCACAAAGGUGGCUUCCUGAGAAGUGACAAGCCUGUAGGAGCUGCCCACCUCAAACUGGAAAAAUUGGAAUCUGAAAGCGAAGUGAGGGAAAUCAUUGAGGUUAUGGAUGGACGGAAGGCCACUGGUGGGCGUUUGGAGGUGAAAGUGCGUCUCAGAGAGCCGCUGAGUGGGCAGGACCUCCAGACUAUAACAGAACGCUGGCUCAUGCUGGAAGAGCCACAGGUACUGCUGUAAUUGACACAGAUUUACAAAACAUCUCCACCAGGUCCUGAGGUCUCAACGGCUCUAUUAGAGUGGAUGAAUAUGGAAGUUUAUAGCGCUACGUUACUGCUGGCCUCGGGCGCUAAAAACAGAUAUUGCAGGGAUAUUUCACACACUCCCUGUGCUUUGAGCUGUUCACAGAGAGAGCAUCACUGACAGAGGCAGUUCGCUUUGUCCUUUUGCAGGGUGAAACGGGUUUGAUGUAACAGUUGGGGUGUCAUUAAAUAUAUGGUGGAUAUUAAGAUGAAGCUGGAGACACUUGUGCGAGAUUGAUAUUCCUCUUUGCCCUUUGAGAUGGAUUACCUGUUGAUUUUAUAAUAACGUUUAUCCCAGCUGUUACAUGAAUGCAUUGAACCAAUAAGAGCUAACCGUUGCUGCUCUGGGAUGCAAUUUUGCACUAAUGCCAAAGUAAUCACUGUUGCUGCAGUAAGAUAAAUGACUUCAUCUGUUCUCCCUCAUAUGAGGAACUUAUUGCUGCCGUGUCAUUACUACUAAUAUAUGAGUGCUAUGCAAAUUAGUCAUGCAAUUAGCUAUGCAAAAAGGGUUGCAUUUGAACUCCAAACAUUUUGUCAGACAACUUUAUGCAAUGUAAAUCGGCUGCUGGGUUUAAAGCAGGUUUUUUUGUGGAUCGGUCAUGCCAGAGUGCUGUUCAGUGUUUUUCUUUACAAUUAUCAUUAAAGCCAUAGAUCAGCGUUUACUAAUUGAACAAGAUAUGAAUUAUCCAUCAGAUGUUCUUAGUAAUAUAUUCUUCAUUGUCUGCUUACUGCACAUGUAAAUGAGUGGCUGGUAUCACCAGAAUUAAAAAAAUUAAGUAACAUUUUCCACAGUAAUUUAAGCUUUAAAAGCUUUUUCGGCACUUUGUUGGUAAGACUGCAAUUGGGGUGUUUAGUAGUUGUGAGGUCAGCCGGUGUAGUUGCCAAAGAAACUUAAAGGGAUAGUUCACCCAAAAAUGAAAAUUCAAUCCAAAUCUUUGACUUUCUUCUACAGCACACAAAAGAAGAUAUUUUGAAGAAUGUUGGUAACCAAACAACAGCGGUACCCAUUGACUUGUAUAUAUAGACACAAAACCAAUGCAAGUCAAUGGGUACUGCUGUUUCUCAGUUACCAAUAUUCUCCAAAAUAUUUUCUUUUGUGUUCUGUGGAAGAAAGAAAGUCAUACAGGUUUGAAAUGACAAGAGGGUGAGUAAAUGAUAUCAGAAUUUUUAUUUUUGAGUGAACCAUCACUUUAUGGUAGACCUUUUUGCGUCUUAGAGUUUUUGCAUUGUCUUCUGUGUGUGUAUGUGUAUAUAUAUAUAAAAAUAAAAUCUCCUACAUUAUUUAUAAAAGUUAAAAUCUAUUAGAUAACAUCCAGCUGUUCUUACAUUUGUAUUGCAAAUUCCCCUACAAGGUACUUUAGCCAUGUUCAGACAAUGUUUACAUUGCAAUCUCAUGUGCACAUAAAUUAUUAUUGGAAGAACUGAUUUCGCAUGCCGGAGUGACAACCUUAGAAAUAGUCUUAAUUAUUUAUUUAGCGGUUUUAAAAAUACCUCAUUUGGGUCUGUUGGAUUGAACUGACAUUUCAUUUUUAAGCCUUGACAAUGUGAAAUAUAGGUUAAUGAGUCUGAUUUCAUAUUCUGUACAGCUCUGUCCAUUCAUUUCAUUUACAAGUAUUGUCGCCUCUUGUGAAUUAUUUGGUUUUUAAUACAGAUCUGGCAUUUGAAGGGCCCAAUAUAAGAGUCACAGAUUGAGCUUUGUCCUGGCUUAAAUUACAGUGUCAGUGUUGAUUCUUCACUACAUUUGUUUCAUCAGUUAUACGGUUUAUUUUAAAAACAGGACUUUGUACUAUAUUCAUGUAUAUAUUAUAGUACAAUACUAUAUAUAUCAUGACAGUUUGGUUUUAUUGUUCUA